AUGAUCAGUUCCAUAUUUGGUCUGCUUGUAGCGGUGAUUCUGGUUUGCAGUUCGGUGGUAGAUGCCAAAGUCCACACUUUCAACUUCACUACAGGAUGGGUUGAUGCGAACCCUGAUGGAGUCCAUCCUAAGAAAAUGAUUGGUUUUAAUGGCCAGUGGCCUGUUCCUGACAUUCACGUCAAUAAGGGGGAUCGUGUGCAGAUUUACUUGACUAACGGGUUCGAAGAUGAUACGGUUACUUCACUUCACUUCCAUGGGAUGUUCCUAAGGCUCAGUGAUGGAAAUAAGAUUCAGAUGGAUGGGCCUUCGAUGGUUACACAGUGUCCAAUAUCGCCAGGUCAGACGUUUCUCUACAACUUUACAGUCGCUGAUCAGGUGGGGACUUAUUGGUAUCAUGCACAUUCUGGUGCGCAAUUCGGUGAUGGGAUGAGAGGUGCAUUUAUUAUUCAUGACGAGGAUGAACCAUUUCACUACGAUGAGGAUAUGACAAUUCAACUUUCCGAUCUUUAUUGGAAACCUUAUUACGAUGUCCAGGACGAGUUUCUCUCAAGGUUUAAUCCAACCGGUGCAGAACCCAUUCCCCAAAACUUGCUUUUCAACAAUACUUUGAAUGCUACGUUGAACUUUGAACCUGAAAAGACUUAUCUACUUCGUUUCAUCAAUUCGGGUUUAUUUGUGUCCCAGUAUGUUUCACUGGAGGAUCAUGAAAUGACAAUUGUGGAGGUAGACGGGGUUUAUGUGAAACCAAACACUACAGACCUCUUGUAUAUUGCCACCGGUCAAAGGAUGAGUGUGUUGGUUAAGGCUAAGAAGGCUGAUCCAGGCAAGAAUUUCGCCAUUAUGCAAAUUAUGGACGAGCUGAUGUUAGAUGUUGUGCCAAAAGACUUGGUUCGCAACAGAACUCACCAAAUCUCAUACAAUGAAAAUCAUGAGAAACCAGAGCCAUUCUAUAUCGACGAUUUCGAUAAAGCGACCGAAGAGUUUUACUUGAGGCCGCUAGACGAUAUCGAACUGCUCGAUCACUACGACACUCAAAUAACGUUCAACUUAAGCUUGGAUAAUCUUGGAGACGGUGUUAACUAUGCUAUGUUUAAUGGCGUGUCAUAUGUUCAUCCCAAGGUCCCAACUUUGACCACCGUUUUAACUUCUGGUAAGCUGGCUACAGAUGCUCGUAUCUAUGGUGAUAACGUCAAUGCAUAUGUUUUACAAAAGGACGAAAUCAUCGAAAUUGUGGUAAACAACUAUGAUUCGGGGAAGCACCCAUUCCACUUGCAUGGACAUAACUUCCAACUUAUUCAAAAGUCACCAGAGUAUAGGCCAGAGGCUGAUUAUCCUGAAGAGGACCAAGACGACAUCACUGUUCCAUAUAACGAGUCCGCUCCUUUGACACCCUUCCCUGAUUAUCCUGUCCUAAGAGACACUGUGGUCCUCGCGCCCAGUGGACACAUUGUAAUACGGUUCAAGGCAGAUAAUCCGGGUGUAUGGUUCUUCCAUUGCCACCUUGACUGGCAUUUAACACAAGGUUUAGGAGCGGUUUUCAUCGAAGAUCCGCUAGCUGUCCAGGAGGCGGAGACUCUAAGUAAAACUUACAAAGAUGUUUGUUCUGCGGCAAAUAUUCCCAACCAAGGGAAUGCAGCUGGUCACUCUGACGACUGGUUUAACCUAGACGGCUUACCAAGACAACCAAAACCGCUCCCUUCAGGAUUUAAGGCCAAAGGAUACAUCGCUUUCAUCAUAUCGACGCUGAUGGCGCUGUAUGGAAUUUACGCCAUUUCUGAUUACGGCCUUUCCGAAACGAUUCCAGACGAUCAGGCCGUCUACGAUACCCUCAAAAAUGUUCUGGAUUCCAAUGGAGUUGCAUACUAG